UCUCCCCCCCGCCCCCCGAGCGAGGGAGGGAGGGAGUUUGGCCCGCCCAGCCCCCGCGUGGGACGAGGGGACUCGCCGCCCGGCCCCGCUCUCAGGGUGUGUCCCGGGGCGGAGGCUGGACGUCGGCAGGAGCGUCUCCUCCUCCCGCUGCGGCCCGCCCAGGGCUUCCCUCGGCUGGGAGGAGUCCGGCUGGUUCCUGCCCAUGGAGCCGCUCCGGAGCUGAGCACCGGGAGCAGAGCCGCCGCCGCCGCCUGCCCCCCCCCAGCCCCCCUUUGACUUGCAAACCUCCCUGGGGGGUGAGCUGGGAUCCCCCCCCCCGCGAGCAUCCAGCCCCGGUCCGCCAUGGGCGAUGUUAUCUCCACUCACCUGGACGAGAGCCGGCGCCACUACAUCUCAGAGAAAACCGGGAAGGUGCUGGGGGAAUUCUGCCAGUUUUACGAGGAACAGUAUGGAGUCGCGCUCUUCAACAGCGUCCGGUAUGAAAUCGAGGGCAACGGAGGGCCGCAGUCCCAGCUGCUCCACCGCAAGGUGCCUCUGGAGGACCGCGUCAUCAUCUCGGGGAACCUCUUCCAGUAUGUGGAGGAAAACAAGAAGUGGCGAAACCGCUUCAGCGUCGUGCCACACAACUACGGCCUAGUGCUAUACGAGAACAAACUGGCCUAUGACAGAGGGAUUCAGCCUCGAAUAGUCCUCAACAGCGCCGGCUACAAAAUCCUCACCUCGCUGGACCAGUAUCUUGAGCUUGUCAAUAGCAGUUUACCAGGGACAGCCCCCAAAUCCGGCAAUGCCCCGAUCCUCAAGUGCCCCACCCAGUUUCCUCUCAUCCUUUGGCACCCGUACUCCCGUCACUACUACUUCUGCGUGAUGACCGGGAAGGAGCAGGACAAAUGGCGAGCGGUGUUCCAGGACUGCGUGCGUCACUGCAACAAUGGGAUCCCAGAGGACUCCAAGGUGGAGGCCCCAGCCUUUACGGAUGCCGUCCGCAUGUACCGGCAGUCGAAGGAGCAGUACGGCACCUGGGACAUGCUCUGUGGCAACGAGGUCCAGGUCUUGAGCAAUCUGGUGAUGGAGGAACUGGUCCCAGAACUGAAAACCAUGAUCGGCCCCAAGCUGAAGGGCAAGGCCCAGGAGAGGCAGAGAGUCUGGAUACAGAUCUCGGAUGCUGUCUACAGGCUCGCCUAUGACCAGAUAAAGGCGCACUAUGAUGCGGUGGUGACAAAAUGUGAGCUGGAGCGUCCCAGAAUGGAGAGCACCAUUCGCACGGACAUGGACCAGAUCAUCACAUCAAAGGAACACUUAGCCAGCAAAAUCCGAGCCUUUGUGCUGCCCAAAGCAGAGAUCUGUGUCCGAAACCAUGUGCAGCCCUAUAUCCCUUCCAUCCUGGAGGCGCUGAUGAUUCCCACAAGCCAGGGUUUUGCCGAAGUCCGGGAAGUGUUCUUCAAGGAGGUCACGGACAUGAACAUGAACGUAAUCAACGAGAGCGGGAUGGAGAAGCUGGGAGAGUACAUGGAAAAGCUCUCCCAGCUGGCCUUCCACCCUGUCAAGAUGCAGUCCUGCUAUGAGAAGAUGGACCAGCUGAAACUGGAGGGGCUUCAACAGAGGUUUGACGUCUCCAGUGCCUCCGUGUUCAAGCAGAGGGCCCAGAUCCUCAUGAGACAGCAAAUGGACGAUGCCGUUCACACGUUCGGGACGCUCCUGCACCAGGAGCUGGCGAAGAUGCUAGGCAAGGAGGAGCUGUGCAAGUCAAUCCAGCGGAUCCUCGAACGGGUGCUCAAGAAAUACGACUACGACAGCAGCACCGUGCGCAAGAAGUUCUUCCGGGAAGCCCUGCUCCAGAUCACCAUCCCCUUCCUGCUGAAGAAGCUGGCGCCAACCUGCAAGGCGGAGUUACCAAAGUUCCAGGAACUGAUCUUCGAGGACUUCGACAGCUUCAUCCUGGUGGAGAACACGUACGAGGAGGUCGUGCUGCAGUCGGUCAUGAAGGACAUCAUGCAGGCUGUGAAGGAGGCAGCAGUGCAGAGGAAGCACAACCUGUACCGGGACAGCAUGGUCAUGCACAACAGCGACCCCAACCUGCACCUGCUGGGCGAGGGGCUGCCCAUCGACUGGGGAGAGGAGUUCGGCAGCCAGCCGGACUCGGACCCAUCCGCCGAGAAGCACCGCAGAGCCAGGCAGGUGGUGUCGGUCCUCCAUGACGACGAGGGAGCCCUGCCCUACGAGGCCGGGGCGGAGGUGCUGAUGCACCAGGUCUCCCAGGAAGAGCCUGGGUCGGAGGAGCUGGAGGCCUGCCCUGCCCUUGCUUCACCGGGUUCUCCUGACAGCGUGCAGGGGAUCCGGGGGAUGCUGGUGAAGGAGUUCUCUGUGGAGACCCCGGUCCCGGCAAGAGAGGAGGCAAAGGAAUCGCUGACGAAUGGUACGAUAGUCCAGCAGAGCGGCAGCUCUGAGGAGCGCGGGGUGGAGCGAGCUGCCCAGAAGGCCGAGGAAGGCCCUGGCUCCUUGGAACACUCCGCCCAGCAUGACGCCGGCUCCCCAGGCCUAGCGAACCCGGGGGUGGAGGAGCAGGAAGCCAAGCCAGCUGUGCCCACCGCUCCAGCCCAGCCGCCUGCCCUGACAACUGCCUCAUUGCUCGCUGAGGGGGGAGCUGAAGUGAACCGCCACAAACCCAACGACAAGGAGACGGGGGAAGAGGUGUCUACCCAGGCCCAUGCGGAGAAGGUGGAGCCUGGCCAGCCGGCCACCGGGACCAGCGCGGGGACCACGGAGAACAGCGCGGGGACCACGGAGAACAGCGCGGGGACCACGGAGAACAGCGAGGGGGUGCAGACUCAGUUCUAGGUCAGCCCCACCCCGGUCGAGAUCCCUUCUGGCUGUGUACACGGUGUGCCAAAGGUGGACUGGAGUCAGCGUCCCAGGGGAGCAGGGGGGCUCGUAGGCUGGGCCAGUCGCUGGCACUGGUAGCUGUUACAUUCCCAGUUUCUGAAGCAGACUCGGCUUCGGACACCAGCGUCCCAGGGAAGGGGGUGGGGAGAGCCACCGAGGUGUAAGAUCUCCUAAACUGCACACCCACUUAAAGGGGCGCUGUGUGCUGGCCAGAACCAAGCCGCCACGCUGGCCACGCCAUUGCCCCUCCUCCCAGGACUCUGGCUCGGUAUAGGAUACCCGCACACGCACACCUUGCUCCGUCUUCCUUUGUUGUUUUCCCUUUGUUGAAGAGACACUUUACUGCAUUACUCAGCUAACAAGAGUGUGACUGUGGGAAUGCCUGGGGUUUCCCGUAGGCAGGAGCUCCCCAGGACAUCUGCACAGAGUAUGCCAGCGGGCGCCUGAUGCCCUGGGGGGGUGGGUUUCGUAGGGAUUCCCCUUCCCCUUCCAACAAUCCAGCCCUUCCGUUCGUCUGAUACUUCUCAUUCCAACCAAAGAGGUCAAUGCUGCACACCACGCUUCUUUGUCAAACACGGCGGCUGCAGUCAGAGGCCACCUGCCAGUAUCCAUCAUUUCUCCUCCGAACAAGCCCGCGUGCAAGAGCCUGGCUGAGAUAGAAUGUGCACCCCCCACCCGCCCUUGCGAAUGCUGAACACCCCUCCACCCCCCGGAGAGAUGCACCUCUCCCCCAAGCCAAAUGGCCAAUGGGAUGCCCCUUGUCUGCUACGAAGUACUGUUCAAGCCAGCGCCAUGACUUUAACGUGUCUUGCCGCACGCUCUGGCAGAGGGAGGGUUCAAUGAGUCACAAGCGAACUGGAAUCCGUCUUUUCUGAUUGGCCCCUAAAGAAGGAGAGUCAACGGCGGAGGAUGGGGCUGUUGCUUGCCUAGUUUCUGGCCGCAUUAGUGCAUCGCUGAAGAAUAAAUAGAACUAGAUGGUGUGGGUAAUUCAGGGCAGCGCCUGAACUCUGUUGCUCCGGGCCUUCCUCGCAUGGGCUGGUCUGAUUGUGGGUUCCCCUGAUGGCUCCAAAGAUUGUCCGCUUGCAGGGUCAGUGGUGGGAUGGAAGGAGCCACAAAUACCUCUCCGCUAUCACCAUCUCCUCCACGUCCCUCCUGCCCUGUUAUACACACAGGUUAGGACUGCGACAUAAACUUGAGAGUUCACCCCCGGGCUUGCGGGAGAGAACUGGUGGCCAUGGAAAGAGACGACAAGGAUCGUUGGUCAUGCGUAGAUUGAGCUGUAAAUGACUGACGCUGUCCAGUGCCAUUCUGCUCCUGGGAGCCUUUAGUGGAUGCUUGAUUCCCUUGUUCAGUUAAAAAUAGCUAUUGCGAUACAUCUCUGAAGCUUUAGAACCAGCCACGUAUUUUUCUUUCCUCCCCUUGCUUCUGGUAUGUGGUUUCUCCAAAGCCCCGGUGAGAGGCGGCCCCACCACUCAUCCCUUUCCUUGCAAGCCCCCUGCAGCCUCGAACCUACCAAAGAUGGUCCCCGACAAGCUUAGCUGGUUUGUUUACAAAUGCUAAUGGCCACAUGAAUGUUGUUGAUGGACGGUCUCCUUCCCUUUCCUUAAAAUGUGGAGAGGGUCAGGGGAGAGAGCGGAAACCUCCUUGGAAGGCCAGGGUAAGUGAAAUAGUGUUUUCGGAAGCUUAUCAGGCAGGAACGGAGAGGAAGUUGGCUUUGCAGGGAGAGAAUUAAAGGUCAGAGAGAAUUAAAGGUCCCAGAGAAGGCCAGAAAUCUAGGUGCAUGGUUCAGAGGGAGAGAUCUCCCAUUGCACCGGAGAGGAGGCUGCAGGCUGGCAGGGAGGAGGCUUCAGCAUCUGACGUUGUAGGACUCUGGCUGGUUGCUAAUCGGCGAUUCCCUCCUGCACGUGCUGGUGUGUUUAGGGCUCUUAUGCUCAUUGGGCUUGCUUUUGGGGAGUGCUGAGCACCUCCUGGGUAGGAGGUGGCUUGGGGUGAGCUGGGCUGUUGUUGUUGUUGAAAAGCUCCUAAUAGUAGUGAGAGAAACAAGUGCCUUAAUGGGGAAAAGGGGUCUUGAUACAACUAUGCUCAGCUCUUGGCAAUCACCAACCCAAUCGGGAAUUUCAUUGCACUAAGGGUGGACUGGCCUGGGAUACUUUUCCUGUCCCAGGAGGUGUGGCUUAGGCAGGAGAGAGACAGCUGCUCCUGCGGAGGGAAAGGAUGCACCUUGUCUGCAUGCCUUCCCUCAAGUCAGGAAAAUCUCUAAAUAUGGGGGGGAGUGUGGAGGGGUCUCGCUUUCAUUUUCCCACUGGGUCCCUAGUUAGUCUCUUCCCCUCCCCCACAUCCAACUCUUCUGGAAGAGCUCUGCUGAGAUUACCUGCUCUUUCCAGCACACAGAACAUGCUGGGAAUAAAUUUCCCCUGUUCCUUUCUGAGUCUGUGCUACCCCAGGACGCCAGCUAAAUCCACCCUGACCCCCUGGAGGUAUUUGACUUUGCUGGGACAUGACAACGGGAUCUCUUAAUGGUGCCCAGUGAGAAGCCUGUGCCUUGUGGUGGGCUUAGCUCUUGGUGCAUUGCAAGGGUUAAGUUCUCCUGGAAACACCUGUCAGGGUGGGAGGGGAGGAGAGAUAGGAGGUCACUGGCUCUGUCUGCCCCCACUGGGCUUUGGGGUUUGUGCAAACAAGAUAAACUUCUGGGAUGAGGUCACCUUAAAGCGAAAGCGUCGCUGUGGAAUGCCAGCCCCUCAGAGACUGUUACGUGGAUCCUAUUGUCCUUGCACCAAGAGUGAAGGAGAGGGGAGCCCUGUAGUUUUUCUGUCAAAGCAAGACCGGUGGAAGCGCGCACUGGAAUCCAGCUCCAGCCCUGCUCUGGCCAAGCUCCUAGAAAGGCUCCAAUGGAGUUAGCCAAGGUCUUUCAGCGGAGAUGGUCAAAUGACAACUCUGUGUGGGCACAACCCAGCUCGCCAGACGUCUGCUCUCCGUGGUGCCCUUUUCAGGAGGUCGGGGUGUGAGGAAAGCAGAAAUGUUCCCUGGCCAAACGCAGGGGAUGGCUGAGGCUGCUGAAGUGGGUUUCUCCAGAUCUCUCUCCGGCAUCUCGGGUACAAUCCAAGUACGAUUGCAUUGAGUCGGACCUCCAGCCAGGAACUCAGCUGAACACUAGGGGAGGUGUAUAACCCAAUACGCAAUGGGACAUCCAUGCCUCCCACAGGUGACCUGUGUCUCAGACUUCCAUUAACGCUAAGGGGAACUGGGGACAUGUAGCUAGCUGGGGAAUAGACUCAGCAGACACACAAGUUGCAUGCAGGUGAUGUAACGUUUAAAACAUGAGGUACAGUUGAAACACCUGGUGUAAAGUCUCAUGAAUGAGCUGCUUAGACCUUCAAUGCAGAAUAUGGACCAGGAGCCCAGCCUUCAAAUCCUGUCCUCUGCUACAGAUACAUUCCAACUUUCAUGUGUAUUUUAGAUGCCAUUUUUUCUAUUUUUAAAUGGGUGGUGUCCCGUCUCAACCACUUGGGACCUCCCAAAGUGCCUUGCCUUGGGAAUCCAAACCUGCCUCUUCCCAGAUAUUUUAUUGAGAAUGUUAUACAAAUGUUUAAAAUAUGCUUCUAAGAAUAAAUAAAACCCAGCUUUAUUUAAAGCUA